GGCUUCCUUGCCUUGGGCCGCUUGAAGCGCCCCGCCGGCCCGCUAGCAGGGGUGCGCGCGCAGCGCGGCAACUUUGCCGCAGGGUGAACACGCUUGCAGCGCCCCCACCGCUUUGGCCGGUGAGGGAGGCCGCCGGCGAUCGGGCCCGGUCCCGGGCCCGGUCCGCAAAGGUGGGCCGGCGCCGGGCCCGGUCCGAGAGGGCGGGGUUCUUCGGGCGCCAGCUUUGGCCGUUGCUUCCUUGCCACUCCGCUUCGUGGCGUCGGCAGCCCAGCUACUUGCCAGCGUUGGCCCUCCGUGGCGAUCCUGGGGGCCCAGGUUCGAUUUUUAUCGAUUCAGCCCCACUGUAUAUAUAA